UCUUGUGGUUUUGACAUGCAUUUGUUUAUUUAUUUAUUUUUUUGUAGAUGAGAAGAAUGAGAAGCACUGUGGUCUCCUAAAGCAGUGGCUUGAAUCCUCUGAAGUUUCAGUGGAGAUCAUGAAAAAAGGUUUUCACAGGGAGGUGAUAACUCGUGUUGAGCUCAGCCCCGAUGUGCUCAGUGAGGUCCGAGUUUUGCUGGUUCACAGGUGGCCCAGAGGUGUCUUUGUUGAUCCAUAUCAACUUGCAUCCUUGAGUGAUCAAAAUGAUUGGCAGAUAUUAGUGGAUUCAGCCAUCGACCUAGAGCUGCCUGCUCACAAGACUGCAGGAUUUGUCACCUAUCUGUAUUCCACCUCUGAUGGACCAACUCCCAAACUGCUAAAAGUAACAAUUCCCAUACACGGGCGCUACCAUGAGCCUACUUUUGUUGGUGAAACAUUUACAUCUGUCAUCAUAGAACCUCCAGAGCUGCUGCUGCAGACUGAAAAAU